AAUUAAUCAUAUCGGGGGUGUGGUUUGGUUGUCAUAGCUACGGACAAACAAGGUAUAGAUCCACACAACUGAAGCAAGAAGAUAAAGAAAAUGCCUAAUCUGUUUGAUUUCUUACGGAAACUGAGGGGCAUAAAGUCCAGAGAGAUAAGACUACUCCUACUGGGCCUUGAUAAUGCCGGGAAGACAACACUAAUGAAGGACAUUGCUUCAGAGAAAGAUGCAUCAACAGAAACUACACCAACUCUGGGUUUUAACGUGAAGUCGGUCAAGACGCAAGGUUUUAAACUGAAUCUAUGGGAUAUUGGAGGACAGAGAAAGAUUAGAACAUACUGGAGGAACUACUUUGACAACACUGAUGUACUGAUAUUCGUAGUGGACAGCACUGAUAAAAGAAGAUUUGAAGAAGCCAAACUAGUCCUCACAGAAUUAUUAGAUGAUGAUAAACUAUCAGGAGUACCUGUACUGGUGUACGCUAAUAAGCAAGACCUGGUUCAUGCAGCAACUGCUUCAGAUGUUGCUAAUAGUUUGGAUUUAGUGAGCAUAGAGAACAGGAGCUGGAGGAUACAAGGUUGUUCAGCAUUGACUGGGAAAGGAGUAGAAGAUGGUAUGUCAUGGGUCUGUAGGGAAGUGAAGGAGAAGGACAAGCAACUUGCUAAAAAAUGAUGACAAAUGAUAGUCAAUUUUUUCAUAAUUUCACAGAGACCACAUGCACCUAAUGUUUAGUAAAGCAGCUUCAAUCUGUUGUAAUUAUUGUUAUCUUUUCUAAAAAUUCUACACAACUUUAAA